AUGGCGUUGGACUGCGACGCGAAAUGGAAUGAUGAAUCCUUGUGUUCGCUCGGAUCAAAGCAAACCUCAGGCGGACGGUCCAUCAGACAACAACGAAAAUGGCGAGAUACAUUUCGGCGUCGCCCACGACGAAAUACAUACACUGGGGUGGGUAUAGGAUGGGUUGUGGUGGUAAUGCUGGCGGUUUUGUCUUUUGCCUCUGCUGCAUCUCUUGAGUUUGAGAACUGUCUAGAUACCACCAUCCUCGAUUCCAAUCCUCGACAACUGCAGUUCGUCCCGCUCGAUGUCGCCGUCACCCUGAACAUGACAAACUCGCUGUAUCCUCUCGAUGUUAUCGUUUACGGCAACGUCAGUGGUACUGCGAACCGAAGCGCUGACUAUCCGGCGCCCAACGACGCGCAGUGGGACAACCCGAAUUCAACCUUUGGGAAAAUCAUUGAUUUAGAUGUUGACAACAACAACUACUCAACCCUCAUAGCUUCUAUACAAGUCGCCAGCUUUACUCCAUAUUCCGAAGCAUCUAGAUUUUGUGACUCCGUCACCCAAGGGGAUUGUCCGCUAGGACCUGUGUUUUAUAAGAACGAGACCGACCUUGCUGCCCUGCGAGCCUUCUCCGUUCACCAUGAUAUGGUCUCGUCUUACCACUUUUCCACUCUCCACACAACGUUUACCAUCAUAUCCGGCGACCGAGCCGCUGAUAGACUUGGAUGCAUAUCUGUCAACAUUACUCCAGACCUAGGCUCUACUGUGAAGGAUGCUCUGGCGUUUGUGCCGCUUGCCAUUUUGAUAUUGGUGGGAAUGGCCACUGUUUCCGCCGCGAUAUACAGCCCAUGGGGAACGACAGACCCAUUCCGUUGGACGAGUAACUACGGCCGUGAUGAAGACGUCCUGCGUCUUGUGACUCCCGGCUUCGGAGACUGCCUGCAAUACAUACAGUUCGUCGUUCUCACGGGGGCCUUAUCGUUGAAGUACCCUGGAUACUACCAGCCGGUGGUCAGCCAGGCUGCCUGGUCAUCGCUCAUGUUCAACCAGAGCUUUUUUGGAACCGCGAAUGACCCUGUGGUUGAUGGGGUUUAUGCCGUCAACGGCACCCGUGGCCUGGAUAGGUUGGAAAAGUAUGUUGGUAUGGACGGGGCACGCGAUGUUUGGCCUGCAAUGAUGGUCUGGCUGCUUUCAAUUGUUGGGAUCAUCAUAAUUCUAAUCCAGUUCGCUUUCGCUUUUCGCUGGGUCUAUCGCGAACUUGCGAGAAUCCCGGAAGAGGACCUCCGUGCCAAAAAUAUGCCAUUCACUGUCGGCAAUGUCAUUCGAAUCGUCUAUAAUUUCUUCUUUCUACCGCUUAUCUCUCUUUCCUUCUUUCAACUGGUCGCCGCCCGCGAGUCUCCCGCGUACUGCGUGGCACUUGCAGGAGUUGUCAUCUUCAUAUUAAUAUGUUUCUCCAUAUGGAUUAUCCGAUUAAUUGUCACGACCCGGCCAAGAUCAUACCUUUUCGAUGACCUACCGACCGUGCUUCUGUAUGGCCCGUUAUACAACACUUUCUCGGACGAUGCAGCGGCCUAUGCCGUAAUCCCAAUAUUCAUAUCAUUCGCCCGGGGUGUGGCGAUUGGCGCUGUCCAAGCGUCAGGAAUAGCCCAGAUUGUCCUUUUGGCGAUUUGCGAAGUUGUUUCGGUCUUGACCAUCAUAGCAUUCCGCCCCUUUCCUGCUCCGUCAUCUAUGAACUUUUACCACAUCUGCUUUUCCAUCGUCCGGUUCUUGACAAUACUACUCAGCAUUGUCUUUGUUCCAUCCCUUGGUAUCUCUGAAGCCGCCCGAGCUUGGAUCGGCUAUGUUAUUCUCUUACUCCAUAGCCUAGUUCUCGUUUUCGGAUUCUUCUUGAACGCUUUGCAAACCUUGAUUGAAGUCACUGCUCGCCUGCUUGGUGCUGGAGGUAAUGAGGCCGGUGCCACCCGUGGAGGCCUUGUUAAGGUCCUCGGUAUGCGUCAAUUGUCACGGCGCAACCCAAGGCGUGACGUCGUUACGCGGCAAAGCAUGGCUUCUGAUGCGGCAAUGCUAGCACAUACUGACGACCGACUUUCAUCACAGUUUGACGGCUCUCGGCCUAGAAGUCUUUCGGGCAGCUCAGCUCUACUGCUUAACCGAGCGACAGCAAAUGAAAGCAAAGGAAGUGCUAUAUAUGAGGCCGGCGAAAGAUCCCACAGCCGGGCUAAUAGCGCUGGCUUAUACACACCCACUACCCUGGGAGGAUUCCAGGGCUCUGGUUAUCAAACAACCGGAAGCAACUCGCCAAAGAUUGGUCCGAUCUUUGCAAUGCAACCACAAGAUCCAUAUUAUCGCCCGCCAAGGUCUCGUAAACGCACUGGCUUUUCGGACGACUCUGGUAGAAGGCGUUCUUCCACUCUCUUCCGGGAUGCAGAAAUGGAUGACGAUAUCAUCGAGGGACCUUCAGUCUCCAGAAGGGGCACGCCCAUACCUGCCUAUAUCCCUGCACCGAAGGAUGACCUGGACUUUGACGAGCCGCGAAAAUCGCGAAAGGAUUAUGCAGUCCGUGAAGUAGAUUUCUACUACCGAGUUCGCGGUCCUCCGCUCUCGCACACUGGCACCCGAAAAUUGAAGACUGGACCUGCGGAUCCCACAGGGCCUGUCUCCUCCGCUACUGGUUUCUUUCGAAACCUGUUCAGUGGAAAGACGAAGGAUAAAGGCAAGGGAUUCGAAGUGGUCCGAAGUUCAAGAGCGCCCCCGCCUGGUCUCAUUCCUGAGAGAGAAGAUGUCCAUGAGCCAUAUACCGAUGAGCCUGGCGACCAGGACAGUCUAAAUCGUGACAAGUCCGCUCCAGAAGACGACAACACGCCUCAGGAAGGUGACGGCAACGAUGAUCCCAAACAUGAGGAGACUCAGUUAAGCUUGCCGCUUAUCGAUUCUGGUGGAACCAUAGAACUCCCUAGCCGCGUGGGAUCCCAGCGUGAUACUGGAACCCCGCCAUUGCCACCGAAGACCCCUUCCAUCUCAAGCAAAAGGCGUGCGUCUCAGGGAGAAUUGGUUCACAACGAGGAUGAGCAAUACGAUGACUCUUCGCUUCGACCUGCUCAACCCUCCGCCCGGUUGCCGUUCAGCGCAAACAGCUCGCCUUCUCGCGACCGAAACUACUCUCUUGCCUCUACAUCCGCGUCGACAUCAUCCGGCCACGACAGAACCGCCCGAUCUCGCACUGAGCGGCCGUCCAGCGUAGGAUAUGUUGCUCAACAUCGUACCCGAGACAACAUCCAUCAGGGCCAUCCCGAAGAACCGUCAUUUACUGAAAGCGCGGCCGAGCUCGUGAAUGAGACUCCUAGUGAAGGAAACCGAUCCCAACCCUCUCGCGCAUCCUCACGAUACACAUGA